CUUACAAAUAAAUCAUCAGACAUUUAUAACCUUUAUGUAACAGAAAAUGCAGCGGAAGCCGAUGCGUUCUACAUGCCAUUUUUUGGAAGUUGUUAUCUUUUUAAUUGCUGGACCAAUAAUCAUUGGAAUCAAAAUCUAAGAUGUAAUGUUGAUGAUAAUUACGUUUCACCGUUUAUGAAUCAUAUAAUCAAUGAUUAUAAAUUUUGGAAUAAGAGUAGUGGUAGAAAUCAUUUUUUGAUUCAUCCAAUGGAUCAUCAAGAUGAUUAUUACGAAAGAAAAGAUUUAUUUCAGUCGGCAAUUUAUUUAACGACAAUUGGUGAUAAAAGAAGCGUAAAGUCGUCAGAGUUUAGAAGAAAUAGGAAUGUUGUUAUACCAAGUGCAACUGCUAUAUUAAAUUCCUUUAAAAUCAAUCCGUUGGACUUUAUUAGUGAAGACGGUAAUCCCAAUAAUCGUAAUACACUUGUUAUAUUUCGUGGAUGUUGUUCAGAUGUUAAACCAAAUGAUUAUUAUUCAGAAGGUGUGAGACAUUUGAUCUUUAAUGGAUUAAACAAGUUACCGGGUUGGGAUAUUGGUGAAGGAGUUAAUAACGAUGAGUACGCAAAACAACUGGCAGGUUCUAAAUAUGGUUUGGCGCCAUCAGGAUGGACGUUAGAUACAACAAGGAUAUGGGAAUACCUUGCUUUUGGUGUUGUGCCUAUCGUGAUCGCUGAUGGUAUUAUUGAGCCAUUUGAAGAUGAUGUGGAUUGGGAUGAAUUUAUUGUACGUGUAAGAAGAAAAGAUGCGCAUAGACUUGAUGAAAUAAUAACUAACAUAUCUGAUUCAGAAUAUAAACGGAAACAAGAAAUUGUAUGGAAAAUUGCAGAUCAUUUCAUUGAAUUUAUAACUAUUUUUGCUUGUGCUAGCUUGGCCACAUUUUUGUAUUUGAAGUUGGUUGAACAGCGUUCGAUGUUUUCUAGAUCUACCAGCACGUCAUUGGUUGUUCCUCCAGUAUCAGGUUUCCUAGUAGUUUGA